AAGGGCCAGGGUGUCGUUUGCACGCUCAGCCGCCCAGCCCGCUGCUUGGCAGCUGUCCUCGGUCCAGUCCUGUAUUCCAAGACCGGAAGAUCAGACCUGGUCAGGACAAAACCGGAAAACACAAGAAUCCCCAAAUCUCGGAGCCUGGAUUUGCAGAAUCUUUGAUCUUGCCUCCGCCCUCUGAGCCCCUGCUGCCCCUUUCUGGGGGGGUACAAUAGGCAGUUCCUUCCAAGGAGAUGUCGAUUCCAUUCUCCAACACCCACUACCGAAUUCCACAAGGAUUUGGCAAUCUUCUUGAAGGACUGACACGGGAGAUUCUGAGGGAGCAACCAGAAAAUAUACCAGCUUUUGCAGCAGCAUAUUUUGAAAAUCUUCUAGAGAAACGAGAGAAAACCAACUUUGAUCCAGCAGAAUGGGGGGCUAAGGUAGACGACCGCUUCUAUAACAACCAUGCAUUCAAGGAGCAAGAAUCACCUGAGAAUUGUGAGUCAGAAAAAGAAAAAUCUCCCCCAUCUGUGAAAGAGGAUGAGACACCAGUCACAGCCUUUGAAUCUUCUGAAGAAGAAAAACAAAGAGAGGAGGAUGCUGCUCUCAAAAUCCAAGCAGCCUUCCGGGGACACUUAGCCAGAGAGGAGGUGAAGAAAAUGAAGUCAGGUGAUGCUGAAGGAGAGAAAAGAGAGGGAAAUGAGUGAGAAGACUGGUUUUACUCCCCCGCUCCCCAGAAAAACAUGAAAAAAUCAUCCAGAUCCAUCAGCCUCGCUGUGAUUGUUGUUUUUUUCUUAGUAAGGGAGAUGUGAUGUAGUGAAAUAACAUUUGUUGCUGUUGUGAAAAUCUGUCAUGAGCAUUUGUUUAAUAAACAUGCCAUUGAACACAUGCCUCUUAAAGA